UAGUUGGUUUGGCGCCGGUGGAGGGAGUUAUUCCUGCAGCAGUUCUUCCGGUCGGCAUUUUGUUCUGCGAGAGAAGGGGGAUAGUCUGAGUGGAUCCCUUUUAUCACCGCGUCAAUAGCGUUUCUGUUUUUCACAUUGGAUUGUUUUCCGAAACCAGUCGGAAUUUGCACUCACUUUCUGCUGGGGUAGGGAAACCGGUGCAAGUACCGGUUAUGGGAACGUUUGCCCCCUUUAAGCAUAGAUGUUUGCAGUGAGAAGGAAGACGAACGAACCCUCCCGACCCGGAUUAUUGUUGUUAUAUUAUUACUGGUACUCGGAGGAGCUGUUAGAGCGAUAGAACGGAGAGGGAGCUAGAGACACGGUUCGAACCACUUUGCAACCAUUUCUUUUUAUCAACACAUCCAGAGCGGUCGGGAGAUGUGAGGAACAGUUGGAGGGCAACGACAUUGAGCAACCUGUGCAUCGACACGACCCCCACACCCCUAUCUUCAGCAUGAAUGGGGAUAUGCCUCAUGUUCCCAUCACUACUCUUGCUGGGAUCGCUAGCCUUACUGACUUGUUAAACCAGCUGCCCCUGCCAUCCCCUCUCCCCGCCACCACCACUAAGAGUCUGCUGUUCAAUGGGAGGAUUGCGGAGGAAGUCAACUGUCUGCUGGCCUGCCGGGAUGAGAACCUGGUGUCCCAGCUGGCUCAUAGCCUCAACCAGGUUUCCACAGAGCACAUAGAGCUGAAGGACAACCUGGGCAGUGAUGACCCGGAGGGAGACGUGCCUGUGCUGCUGCAGACAGUGCUGUCUAGGAACCCCAACAUCUUCAGGGAGAAAAAUAUAAUGCAGCAGCCAAUGAUGCCGCAGUACAAGAUGUCCCAGAAUUCCAUGCAUGGGAGUCCGGCGUCGACAAACUACCAGCAAACCACUAUCUCACACAGCCCUUCUAGUCGCUUUGCCCCUCCACAGAUGGGGUCGGAUGCCAGGUUCACGCCCCAGCAGAACAGCCCUGUGCCCAGCCCCUAUGCCCCCCAAAGCCCUGCUGCUUACAUGCAGCAGUACCCUCACCCACCUAGCUACUCUCAGCACCAACAGAUCCAGCAAGGAAGCCCCCAGAGGCCUGUGCAGCCCUGCCUAGAGGUGCAGACCCAGCCGCAGGCCUCCCCCCACCAGAACCCCUCCACCCCAACCUUAGUUGCCAGCCCCAUGGUUCCUGGCGGCAUGCGGAACAUCCAUGACAACAAGGUCUCCGGGCAAAUUUCAAGCAACUCAGCCAAUCACAAUGCCAGACAUGGCUCCAACGAAGACUACAUGAACAUAGUCCACAGAUUAGGGAAUGAGGAGAGUGAUCCUUCCAUGAGAAAUCCCUCCUUCCCACUCCGUUCGCCCCAGUCUGUUUGUUCCCCUGCUGGCAGCGAAGGGACCCCAAAAGGAUUACGACCUAGCCUCAUCCUUCACUCCCCAAACCCUUACACUUCCCCCCGUGACAGCGCUCCCGACCUCCUCCUGGACUCUCCUGACUGCAAGAAGAAGCAGAAGAAGCUAACUAAAGAGGAGAAGGAGCAGUUGGAUAAAGCUGCUAUGUACGAUAUUGUCAGCUCUCCCUCUAAAGACUCUACCAAGCUGACCCUCAAACUGUCCCGGGUGAAGUCCACUGAGAUGGACCCGUCCGGAGAGCUCCUACCUGGGGCAGAGGACCAGGACACUGACCUGGCCUACAACAGCCUGCAGUUCUCCCGGGCGCAGCAGGACCUUGCCCACAGGUUAGCCCCGGGCCAGGGGGAGCAGUCAGGCUACCAGCAGGUCCCUGUGCUCCAGAACACUAAGCAGGCUGGAGGGGUGAUCAGUGGAGCUGUUUACGACGAUGCUGAGAUGGACGCGCUCGCUGAGAUCGAGAGGAUAGAACGGGAGACGCUCAUAGAAAGGGAGCGUUGCUCCAAAGAGGUUCAGGAUAAAGACAAGCCACUGAAGAAGCGGAAGCAGGACUCGUAUCCCCAAGAGCCUGGAGCUGGAGGUACAGCGGGGGCAACCCAACCUGGUGUGGGAGGGGGAAAUGCUGGCAGCAAGCUGGCACCCCAGGAGGCUAGUGCUGCCAGUAAUGGUGCGAGCCGCCCUGCCCUAAUGGUCAGCAUCGACCUGCAGCAAGCAGGUAGAGCUGACGGGCAGCCAGAGGUAAACAUAGGCACCCACACCCCUGCCCUGAGGAGCUGGCCUGAGGAACACCUGUGUCCUGGGGACGGCCCCGACUCCGCUGGAGUCCUGCGGCUAAACUCCAAGACAGAAGGAGACACACUACAGACUGCAGACGUCCGGCCAGAGGUCAUCAAGCAGCGUACCGACACCCCCAAGAAGCUGGGACCCGACGUCCGACCGGAGACCCCCAAACACAAGCACGAAAACAGACGAGACUCGUCCAAACAUCGACACGAUGGCAAACCUGACAAUAGCAAGGCCCGCCCCGACGCCAGGAUGCCUGACAAGCCACGACAACGGCACGAGGGUCGCUCAGACUCUGGUCACAGGGAGGACAGGUCCCGGGACAGUGACCCAUCCCGCAUCCGCAGGCCAGAGACCCCCAGCAAGUCCAACAGGGGGGAACAUGACUCCAAACAUGGACGGGACAGAGACAGGGAGCGGGGGGAUAAGGACAGGGAGAGGAAACACAGGACAGAGGCAGGGGAUCCACGGGACCGACGAUCUCCAGAGCAGCGCUCCAGGCCAGAGAGCCCGCGGGUUAAGCAGGAAGGGCGAGGGGGGGUGGACCACAGUGGGCGCCAGAGGACUGACCGGCCAGGCCCCAACCUCAAAUCCCCCAAUAAAGAGGAGAGGAGGAGCGGGGAGGAGAGGAGGAGUGGGGACGGCAGCAGGAACCGACAGGACUCUAAGCAACAACCUGCCGAAAACAAGCAGGAGUUCCCUGCUUACCUGCUGGGGGGCGUAAAGUCUGGAGGCUUUAAGAACUUUGUGAUUCCCAAAGUGAAGCGGGAUAAGGAUGGGCAUGUGUUGGCAGCUGAGAUGAGGAAGCCUGGUCUGGGUUCAGUAGUGGAGGGCUGGAAGGAGCCCCGGGUCAAGCUGGAGCGACUGGGACUGGUAGAGAAGAUGAAGACAGCAGCCAAACCGGUUGUGGUGCUGCAGAAACUCAGCAUCGACGAGGUGCAGAAAAUCAUCAGGGAGAGGAAAGAUAGAAGCGCACGUAGCUCCAAGUCCUCCAAGAGCAGACCCUCUCAUUGGAUCUCUGAGAAAGAGUCCACCAUGCCACUGUGUGAGAGGGUGAAGAUGAACAAACGCAAGCGCAGCACCAUCAAGGAGAAGCCCAAGUACGCCGAGGUCAACUCCGAUGAUGACGAUGAUGACGACGACUCUGUGACGGAGUCUACGCGGAAGCGUCACAAGAAGGAGCGGGAAAAGACAUGGGAGCCUGAUGAGAGGAGAGGCUCAGGGCGCAGGGGGUCCGGCAGCCGCCACCGUGAACGCAGCCCAGAGGAUUCAUACGAUGAGUCCCCACCGCCCAGCAUGAGUGACCUUGCCAGAAAGAUGAAGAAGAAGGAAAAACAGAAGAAAAGAAAGGCAUACGAGCCCAAGCUGACAGCAGAAGAACUGAUGGACUCCUCCACGUUCAAGAGGUUCUCAGCCAGUGUGGACAACAUUCUGGAGAGCUUGGAGGACAUUGACUUCAAUGCCAUGGAUGACGAUGAGAUCCCACAGGAGCUUCUGCUGGGGAAACACCAGCUGAGUGAACUGGCCAGUGAAUCUGCUAAGAUCAAGGCCAUGGGCAUCACCUUCAGGCUUUCAUCUGGUAAGUUGGUGAAGGUCCUGAACAUCCUGGAGAAAAACAUUCAGGACGGGUCCAAACUCUCCACACUGAUGAACCAUGACGCAGACGCAGAAGACGAGGAGCGACUGUGGCGAGACCUCAUCAUGGAGCGCGUGACAAAGUCAGCUGACGCUUGUCUGACUGCCCUCAACAUCAUGACGUCGGCCCGCAUGCCGAAGGCGGUGUACAUCGAGGACGUGAUUGAGAGGGUGCUGCAGUACACCAAGUUUCACCUGCAAAACACCCUCUACCCUCAGUAUGACCCUGUCUACAGAGUGGACCCUCACGGAGGUGGCUUGCUGAGCUCCAGGGCUAAGAGAGCUAAAAGCUCCACACACAAGCAGAGGGUGAUCAUCAUGCUCUACAACAAGGUGUGUGACAUCGUCAGCAACAUCUCUGAGCUCCUGGAGAUACAGCUGUUGACUGACACCACCAUCCUGCAGGUCUCCUCCAUGGGCAUCACUCCAUUCUUUGUGGAGAGUGUCAGUGAGCUACAGCUGUGUGCCAUCAAACUAGUGACUGCGGUGUUCUCUCGCUAUGAAAAACACAGGCAGCUCAUCCUGGAAGAGAUCUUCACCUCUCUGGCCAGAUUACCCACCAGCAAACGCAGCCUCCGGAACUUCAGGCUGAACAGCAGUGAUAAGGAUGGGGAGCCCAUGUACAUCCAGAUGGUCACAGCUCUGGUGCUUCAGCUUAUCCAAUGUGUGGUGCACCUCCCGAACAACAGGGACAGUCACGACGAGUAUGAUAAGAAGGUGGACCAAGAUGUCCUGAUCACAAACUCUUAUGAGACGGCAAUGCGAGCAGCUCAGAACUUCCUGUCCGUCUUCCUAAAGAAGUGUGGCAGUAAGCAGGGAGAGGAGGACUAUCGCCCACUGUUUGAAAACUUUGUCCAGGACCUGCUGUCUACGGUGAACAAACCAGAGUGGCCAGCUGCUGAGCUUCUCCUCAGUCUGCUGGGUCGUCUACUGGUGCAUCAGUUUAGCAAUAAGCAGACAGAGAUGGCUCUGAGGGUGGCAUCGCUAGACUAUCUGGGCACUGUCGCUGCCCGCCUGCGCAAAGACGGCGUCACCAGCAAGAUGGACCAGCGCUCCAUCGACCGCAUCCUCAGAGAGACUCAAGGCAAUGAUGAGACCCAGCAGCUGCAGAAGGCCCUGUUGGACUACAUGGAUGAGAACGCAGAGACGGAUCCAUCUCUAGUUUUUGCCAGGAAGUUCUACAUUGCCCAGUGGUUCAGGGACACUUUGACAGAGAUGGAGAAGGCCAUGAAGUCUCAGAACCAGCGAGGGGACGAGGACUCUUCUGAAGGCCAGCACCACGCCAAGGACAUUGAGACCACCGGAGAGAUCAUGCAGAGAGCCGAGGCACGCAAGAAGUACCUCCGCAACAUUAUCAAGACCGCGCCCUCGCAGUUCAGCACACUGAGGAUGAACUCUGACACUGUGGACUAUGAUGACUCUUGCCUGAUUGUCAGAUAUUUGGCCUCUAUGAGGCCAUUCGCUCAGAGCUUCGAUAUUUAUUUAACACAGAUUCUUAGAGUGCUGGGGGAGAGUGCCAUAGCUGUCAGAACUAAAGCCAUGAAGUGUUUGUCUGAGGUGGUGGCUGUAGACCCCAGUAUUCUGGCUAGGUUGGACAUGCAGCGCGGGGUCCAUGGUCGUCUGAUGGACAACUCCACCAGUGUACGCGAGGCUGCUGUGGAGCUGCUGGGGCGUUUUGUGCUGAGCAGACCCCAGCUCACAGAGCAGUACUACGACAUGCUGAUCGAGAGGAUACUGGAUACGGGUAUCAGUGUGAGGAAGAGGGUGAUUAAGAUCCUUAGAGACAUCUGUCUGGAGCAACCCACCUUCAACAAGAUCACUGAGAUGUGUGUCAAGAUGAUCCGCAGGGUCAACGACGAGGAGGGCAUCAAGAAACUUGUGAACGAGACCUUCCAGAAACUCUGGUUCACCCCUACACCCAAUCACGAUAAAGACGCCAUGACCCGCAAGAUCCUCAACAUCACAGAUGUGGUGUCUGCAUGCAAAGAUACAGGCUAUGACUGGUUUGAGCAGCUGCUUCAAAAUCUGCUGAAGACAGAGGAAGAUGCCGCCUAUAAGCCAGCCAGAAAGGCCUGCGUUCAGCUGGUGGACAAUCUAGUGGAACACAUCCUAAAAUAUGAAGAGUCUCUCACUGACAUUGAGAACAAGGGGGUGAAUUCCAACCGUCUGGUGUCCUGCAUCACCACCCUCUUUCUGUUCAGUAAAAUCCGAUCCCAGCUGAUGGUCAAACAUGCCAUGACCAUCCAGCCUUAUCUCACCACCAAGUGCAACACUCAGAGUGACUUCAUGGUGAUCUGUAAUGUGGCCAAGAUCCUUGAGCUGGUGAUCCCUCUGAUGGAGCACCCCUCUGAGACCUUCCUCACCACCAUAGAGGAAGACCUGAUGAAGCUCAUCAUCAAAUACGGCAUGACGGUUGUACAACACUGUGUGAGCUGUCUUGGAGCUGUGGUGAACAGGGUCACUCGCAACUACAAGUUUGUGUGGGCUUGUUUCAACCGUUACUAUGGUGCCCUGACCAAGCUGAAGACCCAGCACUCUGAGGACUCCAACAACCCUGUUCUGGCUGCUAACAAACCGGCCUUGCUGCGCUCGCUGUUCACUGUGGGGGCACUCUGUCGCCACUUUGACUUUGACGAGGAGGAAUUCAAGGGCCCCACAAAGGUUGUGAUAAAGGAAAAAGUGAUGGAGCUUUUGCUGUACUUCACUAAGCAUGAAGAUGAGGAAGUUCAGACCAAGGCCAUCAUUGGUCUAGGCUUCCAGUUCAUCCAGUACCCAGGGCUGAUGUUCAUGCAGGAUGUGAUGAGUCUGUACAAUGGCAUCCUGUCAGACAGGAAGAGCUCUGUCAACCUAAAGAUCCAGGUGCUGAAGAACCUGCAGACAUACCUGCAGGAGGAAGACUCGCGCAUGCAGGAGGCCGACCAACAGUGGAAGAAGCUGUCGAAGCAGGAGGACCUGAAGGAGAUGGGUGAUAUCUCGUCAGGUAUGAGCAGCUCCAUCAUGCAGCUGUACCUGAAGCAGGUGCUGGAGGCCUUCUUCCACACACAGUCCACCGUACGACAUUUUGCCCUCAACGUCAUUGCCCUGACACUCAACCAGGGCCUCAUCCAUCCUGUACAGUGUGUGCCCUACCUGAUUGCCAUGGGAACGGACCCAGAGCCCACCAUGAGGAAUAAGGCAGACCAGCAGCUGGUGGAGAUCGAUAAGAAAUACAGCGGCUUCAUCCAUAUGAAGGCCGUGGCGGGGAUGAAGAUGUCUUACCAGGUGCAGCAGGCUAUCUGGUCAGCUAAGGGUACGGUGAUCCGGGGUUACCGGCAGGACGAGACAACCUCCGCCCUCUGCGCCCACCUUUUCUCCAUGGUCCGAUCCAACCGGCAGCACCGACGAGCCUUCCUCAUCUCACUGCUCAACUUGUUUGAUGACAGCUCGAAGAUUGAGGUCAACAUGCUCCUGUACAUGGCAGACAACCUAGCCUGUUUCCCCUACCAGAUCCAGGAGGAGCCUCUCUUCAUCAUGCACCACAUUGACAUCACCCUGUCUGUGUCCGGCAGCAACCUGCUGCAGUCCUUCAAGGAGUCCCUGCUCAAAGAGCCACGGCAGCGGGAGAAGAAGUCGAAAGAGAGGAAGUACCAGUCAGAGGAGGAGAACUCGUCAUCAUCGUCGUCAUCGGAGGAGGAACAUCACCGUCACAGCAUCAGCUCCAACAGUAGUGACGAGGACAACGAGGUGGUCCACAGGCCCAAGAAGCCCAAACACCGGGCCCAGGCCCCUGUGGAGUCAGACUCUGACUCUGACCUGGAAAUGGAGGACUUGGACAAGGUGAUGCAGCGUCUGCCUGACAACCCGAUCCCCCUGUUGGACUUUGCCAACGCCUCACAGGGAAUACUACUACUAUUGGUUCUAAAGCAGCAUCUCAAGAACCUCUACGGAUUCUCGGACAGUAAAAUCCAAAAGUACUCUCCGACGGAAUCGGCCAAGGUAUACGAGAAGGCGGUGAACAGGAAGGGUCACGUGCACUUCAGCCCUCACCAGACACUGGACUUCCUGACCUCUGACCUGGCCAACGUAGAACUCACCUACGACAUCAAGAGGAGGAUCGUCAAACAGUACCUAGAUUUCAAGUUACUGAUGGAGCAUUUGGACCCUGAUGAAGAAGAUGAGGAAGGUGAGGCGUCAGCCAGCGCUAAUGCCAGAAACAAAGCCAUCACUUCAUUGCUGGGAGGGCCCAGCCACCAGGACCACAAGAACCACCACCAGGACCACAAGAACCACCACCAGGCUCCUAUAGAGACGGACGACGACGAGAGCGACGGAGAUGAGAAAACCCCAGUGUCAUCACGGCGGUCGAGGAAGCACGGCGACUCUGCAGAGGCAUCAGGUCACAUGAAUGAGACGUUGGCCGCCAGGGACGUCAUCGCUCUCUGCUGCCCCAAGUACAAGGACCGGCCGCAGAUCGCCCGCAUCAUCCAGAAGACCAACACGGGCUACAGAGUGCAAUGGAUGGCUGGCUCCUACUCUGGAGUCUGGGGCGAGGCUAAGAAACGGGACGGACGUAAAACGGUGCCUUGGGUGGACACUAUCAAGGAGUCUGACAUUAUUUACAAGAAAAUCGCCUUGACGAGUGCACACAAGCUGACGAACAGAGUGGUGCAGACUUUACGGUCACUGUACUCAGCGAAGGAGGGAACUUCCUAAUCGACUAUACGGUUAUUCUCAGACAAACUCUUUGCAGCCAAACUCUACUAUGAGGAUACAACGUUUUUCUAAUACAGAAAUGACAAAUAUACUACAGACAUGCAAAACAUAAAUGUAAGCACGAGAUAGCAGAGAGAGAGAGGAGAGCAGGUAUUGUGAACUUUUGGUCUGUGAUGAACAUUUUAAUCUGGAUCCAGGAUAUGUUUAAGUUAAACAGAAAAAACACAAGAAGGAAAUGUUUGGAUAACAUUGCGUGGAAGCUCCUUCGCUGUUGUACAGCAACUCGGUUGUUUGAUUUUCCCACUGUAUCAAAGUUUAACACACACAAAAAAAACAAUGUUUAUCUCUGACAAAUUCUGUUUUUAAAAAAAUAAACAAAGUGAAUGUUGGAAAUUAGUCUGUUAAUGUUCUAAAUAAAGUGUUCUUGGAGUUUAACCUAGCACCGGUUGGAUUUCUUUAGCUUAGCUCAGUUUCCAGGGAAGCUACUUUUAAAACUUUUACCUUUUAUUUUAUGUUUUAUUCCCUUUAUUUGUUUACCCAUGCUGUACAAUGGAGUCUCUUGGAUAUAAUUUAUUCUGUUGAAAGCGAAGCGUGCAGUAUCUGUGGCCUACAUGCAGGGGAGUUUUUUGUAAAUGUAGAAUUUGAUGUAUUAGGUCAAAGGUCACCCAAGAGAGAAAAGGGAUCCCCCAGCACUUCUGGCGGAGCAAAUAUUGCAAUAAAUAUUUUUUACUUCUCUUUGUUA